AUGUCAGACCAGGCUAUUAUUCGCAUUGCGCGCGAAAUCCGUCAAAUUCAACAAGGCCAUGAUUUGUCCCUGGCUGUUGCUUGCGACGAAUCAGAUAUUCGCAAGAUCAAAGCUUUGAUCGUAGGCCCCCCAAACACUCCGUACGAAUUUGGUUUUUUCGAGUUCACCAUAAAAUUCCCUGAAGGUGAGGAGUGGGUUUGCCAUUCGCUAUGGCCUUGUACUUACUUCCUUGGAGACUAUCCAGCCAGUCCGCCAAAGGUGACGGCGCGGACGACGAAUUCGGGUCGCUGUCGGUUCAACCCCAAUAUCUAUGCGGGAGGGAAAGUUUGCUUAACAUGGCCUGGUCAGAAGGGCGAGGAGUGGUCGUCAGCCCAGGGUUUGGAAUCCGUCCUCAUUUCCAUCCAAAGUUUGAUGUCCACGAAUCCUUAUGAGAAUGAACCGGGCUACGAAAACCGUGACAGUGCGUUGGACCGCAAAGCCAUGGCCAAUUACAUUGACAAGAUAAAGCAUGAAACGCUUCGGAUUGCUGUAAUCCAGCCGCUUGAGGACGCCUUGGGGAUAAAGACACGGAACGCAAGGGCCCCAUCCCCAACGGAUGACGGAAAGGAGGCAGAUGACAGCGAAUGUCCUGAGGAGAAAGUGCGGGAGACUAUGGAAUCUUUCGACGAUCUCCGCAAGCGACGGUUUCUUUGGUAUUAUGAGUCUUACAUACAUACGAUCGAGGUCGAGUCUAAGAAGGUCAAGGUGAAUGAACAGUUCAAGAACAUGAGCUUCGAAGGCCCCUCCAACGAAAUGGCGGGUUCUUUUAAAUAUCCACAGCUGAAAGAACGCCUUGGGGUGAUCAAAGACGAAAUCAUAAACGAAACAAAACGCUGGGCUAUUGAGGGACUUGCGGCUCAACAACAAGAGGUCCGUAUUGCAGAUAACUUACAUCUGCAGUACAAACAGAUAGUGGAAGACUUCAAAGAACGCAAAGACUUUACAGUGGAUCUGAGCCUGGUCGAUGAGAGUCCGUUCGUUUGGCUCAUGACAUACUUUGGCCGUCCCAUGACGAAUCUUGGUGGCGGGGUGUUCAAGAUCAAGAUCCAUCUGAGUACCAAAUUCCCAGACGAGCAGCCGCGAGUGUUUGUCGAAACUCCCAUCUUUCAUCACCGUGUCUCAAAGGAUGGAGUACUCUGCUACUUCACAGAUCGACCUGGAGAAUUGCGAUACCAUAUAGAUGCUAUAGUGCAGACGCUGGAGGAAGAAUCUCCUCCGUUCGACCCACGGACAACCGUGAAUCUGGAGGCCUCGACGCUGUUCUGGGGCACGCCAGAAGAUAGAAAGAAGUACAACCGAGCACUUCGGCGCUCGGUUGAGAAUAGCACCGAGUCGCAGGAGAUGUGA